AUGGAGACGCCGGCCAUUAGCGUGAAGAAGGUGCUCAAGAUACUCAAUAAGCGCCGCACAAAGCUACUUGGCAAAGGAACUUACGGGAAGGUGUUCCUGGCGGAGUAUAAGAAGACGAAGUACGCGCUCAAAGUCGACUGUACCUCUCAGAUGAGAGGCCACUACUAUAGAGAAGUGGUCUUUUUGGAGAGGUUGGGCGGCGCGGGCGGAGCUCCCACUCCCAUUCGCUUCUGCCCCCUAAUCCCGGCUUUCCUCAUGAGCCUCUCCAAAGGCUACAACCUCGAGGAUUAUCUCUCCGAUGCCAAGGAAGACGUAGACCUGCUGUUCCUGUACAACGUGGCCAUCCGCGUGACCGAGCGCCUGGCUGAGAUCCACAGAAAGGGCGUCGUCCACUGCGACCUGAAGGCGGAUAACGUCAUGUUCUCGGUCGAUGGCGACGGGAAGCUCGAGGAAGUCUAUAUCAUCGACUUCAGCUGCGCGUGCUUCGUGGGCCAAUGCCAACCCGUGGAGUACCUCGUUAACAACUUGCCCUAG